GGAGGGGGCUCUUGCCGCCACAGCUCUCUCGCCGCCUCUCCCCCCCGGCGGGAGCCGCUCUCAGCCUCUUUGCACUAGUCGCUCCACUCUCUCGGUCAUGUGACCUUAACGUAACCGGACAGGAAAAGCCCCGCCGCCGCCGCCGCCGCCGCGCCGGAGACACCGACCGCGGCAGCAGCAGCAGCGGUAGCAGCAACAGCACCAGCUAGAGGGACAGGCGGCGGCGGCUGGCAGAGCGCGGCCAAGGCUGCCCAGCGGUGCCUCUUCCACACCCCCUGCCGCAGCAGCACCGGCGACAGUUUUAACUUCUCUGAACUAUCAUGUGAUUUAAGGAUAUGACUUUGGGAGUCAGACACACCUGGAUUCUCUGAAGACAUUAAUCACAGUCAAGACUUUGGGGCUCCAGACCAUUACAACCAACAUGGUCUCUACAUCUCUCCUCGGGUGUCGGUCUCUAAAGCAUGUCAGCCCCAACAAGUCUGACCUCGCUCCAUGAUCGUCCCCACAAAGCCGCGUGUUGCCUGUGUUCCCUCCCUCUCCUGGUGGAGACCUCCACAAUCUACCCCGUACACAGCUCUUACCAGAGUUGGCUGUUAUAAAUGUGUGUACUUAUUUGAUGACAGCAGGGAAGACGUUGUAUUCUGCAUGUCAUUGCAUCCACUGUGCCUGGCACCUUAGAAAGCUCUCACCAGGCUGCCUCUCCGAACCGCGUGUGGAAAUCAGGCUGCCGAGCUGCCCAGCACUGAUAGUGAGUGUUGCAGACUGUUAGACCCAGUGAGGUCCUGGGCCUUCAGAACCUUCGGGUACCGGAAACUGCCCUUCUUCAUCUUAUCUCAGUUCAUCCAGGAUUUCCAAAAUUUUUAAAAAAAUGGAUUUGGCCAACCAUGGACUUAUUCUCCUGCAGCAGUUAAACGCUCAGCGCGAGUUUGGUUUCCUGUGUGACUGCACGGUUGCCAUCGGCGAUGUGUACUUCAAGGCACACAAAUCAGUUCUUGCUUCAUUCUCCAAUUACUUUAAGAUGUUGUUUGUCCAUCAGACCAGUGAAUGUGUCCGUCUGAAACCAACUGACAUACAGCCUGAUAUUUUCAGCUAUCUCCUACAUUUGAUGUACACUGGGAAGAUGGCCCCUCAGCUGAUCGAUCCCGUCCGUCUGGAACAGGGGAUCAAGUUUCUGCACGCUUACCCUCUGAUCCAGGAGGCCAGCCUGGCCAGCCAGGGAGCCUUUUCCCACCCCGACCAAGUUUUCCCACUGGCUUCUUCCUUGUAUGGCAUUCAGAUUGCAGAUCAUCAGUUGAGACAAGCUACCAAGAUUGCUUCGGCCCCUGAAAAACUCGGGCGAGAACCCCGGCCCCAGACCUCCAGGAUGAGCCAGGAGCAGGCACCUGAGGCUGCGCAGCUGUCUCAGCUGGCUUCCAAUCUGACCCAGGUGAACCGGACACAUAUGGCUCCCUCGGACCCCCUGCAGACCUCCCUGUCUCCAGAACUCGUUUCCACUCCUGUUCCUGCCCCUGCCGCCGGGGAGGAGACCAACCUGGAAGCCUCUUCCUCUGACGAGCAGCCCGCGACCCUCACCAUAGCCCACGUCAAGCCAAGCAUCAUGAAGAGGAAUGGCAGCUUCCCAAAGUACUACGCCUGCCACCUGUGCGGGCGGCGCUUCACCCUCCGGAGCAGUCUGCGGGAGCACCUGCAGAUUCACACCGGCGUCCCCUUCACGGCCAGCCAGCCCGGAGAAGGCCGAGUGCCCCUGUCCCUUUGCAGCAACGCGGCGGACCUCGGAAAAGACGCCCUGGAAGUGCCUGAGGCUGGGAUGAUUAGUGACAGUGAGCUGCAGCACAUCUCAGACUCCCCCAUCAUCGACGGACAGCAGCACUCAGAGACGCCACCGCCCUCGGACAUUGCGGACAUCGACAACUUGGAGCAGGCGGACCAAGAGAGGGAGGUCAAGAGGCGCAAGUACGAGUGCACGAUAUGUGGGCGCAAGUUCAUCCAGAAGAGCCACUGGAGGGAGCACAUGUACAUACACACCGGGAAGCCUUUCAAGUGCAGCACCUGUGACAAGAGCUUCUGCAGGGCCAACCAGGCCGCCCGGCAUGUGUGCCUCAACCAGAGCAUCGACACGUACACCAUGGUGGACAAACAGACCCUAGAGCUCUGCACGUUCGAGGAAGGGAGUCAGAUGGACAACAUGCUGGUACAAACUAACAAGCCCUACAAAUGCAACCUGUGCGACAAAACGUUCUCGACCCCCAACGAGGUUGUCAAACACUCGUGCCAGAACCAAAACUCGGACGCUUUUGCCCUGGAUGAGGGGCGCUCCAUCCUGCUGGGCAGUGGGGACUCCGAAGUAACGGAACCUGACCACCCUGUGUUAGCGUCCAUUAAAAAGGAACAGGAAACAGUGUUGUUAGACUGAACGUCGCUUACCUUUUUAAAACUGUCAUUUUUACAAAGACUCCCUUCCCUUUCCCUAUUCAGAACCGUGGUUCUAUGGCAUGACACAGACGGGUCCCUGGCCCCUCCCUCCGCCCCCCUCCCGCCGUCCCCUCCUCCGUCAAGGCUGUGUGCAUUAUAAACCUGGAACAUUUCCUUUGAUUCAGGGGAUAUCGGAAAGAAAACAGUCUGUAGUACUUUUCAACUCAAAUGGAUUUUGAGUUUCAGAUUAUUUAAAAACAUGCUUGGAACUAAUGAAGGGUAUAACACAAAACAACCAGAAUGCAAUUUGGUAAGCUAAAAUUAUGACCUUCCCUGGGUAGUGUCUUCCUUCUCAGAAGAGCAAUGUCAGAAAAUACAGCGUGCUUCUUCGAGACACAGCUGGGCUCUGUACUAUGCAAAAUCUCGGUGUGGGAACCUCAGACCCCAGAGGACGUUCUCGGCACUCACCCUCCGGGUGUCCUAUGUCAGAAUGCAUCCUUUGAGAUUAUGUCCAGUCGAGGAAAAUCAUUAGUUAAGGAACUUACUUGAACAAAACACAGAGAAAAAGUAAUAAUGUGAUGGCAAUCUUAAUUUUUGGGUAAAACAUGACAAGCUGUGAGUUUGUGUGUUCGUAAGAGAAAAUGUGUGGAUACUUCCUAUAAACAGGUGAAUUAAUGCACAUGCCUUAUCUAAGUGCUGGCUUCUUUCAAAGGUGAACAACAGGAUACUGUGUUUUCAUUUUUGACAAAUUUGUUGGUUUUAAAAAUCAGAUUUGAAAGUACUAUUCAACAGAUGGUUUUUCUGAAUAGAAUUGAUACGCCAUUCUAGCAGUUGCCAGCGGUAAAUUUGUUUUAGCCCCAACCUGCUGCUUUUAAAUCAGUGUGUCUACCACAGGAAAAAGGAUACAGAUCUUAUGGGGGAAGUUGUGAGCAGGACCUGUGGUAGCUUUAAUGGUUUUAAAAAUUAAUGCUAGUAGUUUACUGGCAACAUUCAUUGAAACAUCAAUAAUGGCAAAGAGAAAUCAGGACCAAAAAACAAUUGCAUUUGGACAAAAAAAUGGGACUUUGAUAUUUAGUCCAGUAUUUUUUUUUAACACCUGAAAUUUUCUCUAUUGGCCUGAAAGCAGGAAAAUUAUCCCUUUAGUCUUCCCUUAGGCCAAUAACUGAACGGUCUCCCGGGACAAAGCAGAAGCCAGAAACAAGGACCGAAGGGGAGAGGAAAGAGCAGUUACUAGCUGUGCUGUACGUGUAUGUUAAACUGACUAUCCUGCCACCCAUCUCAUGUAUAGUUGAGUUCUCAGAUUUGUAAGUUUUUAUACAUACCUUCAUUGAAUAAACAUUUAAUUAAAUGG